AUGCCUAUGAGCAUUUUGGUGUCCUCCAAGAGCUUGAGGGCUUGGGAAAUUUCUUGUUGCAAAACUUGCAAGAAAACUGGGUUUUUCAAUGGUUUACAAAGGAAAUUUGAUGAGGAUUCACCGACUAUGCUCUUAUUGGCAAGACUCAGAGACAGAACACAGGAGAACAGUGGCAGUAGAAGUGUCGAGGAAAUGAAGCAUGCGGUGCCAGCUAAGCUGGAGAUGUCGGUUCUUCCUCAAUAA